GACGGUGCGCCCCCUACCACUAUGGGUAUGACAUCUGAUGACCCAAAUAAUUUGCAUACAGUAACGUCAGAAAUCUCAUCCAGGGAGCCAUUCUCUGCACGAGAUCUCACAUCGCCAAAUACGGAAGUGGACGAAUCACCAGGGGGUUAUCGGUCAUUUGUUAAAACGCCAGCACUCGAGAGAUCCGUCGAGGAGGCCCGGAAGCAGUAUUUGAUACUGAAACAAAAAGCUAAGGAUAAACUGGAUUCCAUCAGAAUGCCGAGACCAAGUGAUGACAACAAGGCGAUGUCACCCGUUCAUACACCACUAGAGCAUUCUACCCUUAUGCCAAACACCGGAUCAUACAGACCCCAGUCUGGCAAGGUUCUAGAACCGAACAAGGGUUUGAUUGUGCUAGAUACUGACGACAGUGACCUGGAUACCGAAAGGAUGACUAUCCUUGAUGCUAAGAACAAGAUGAGAAAUGCGGCGAAAAGUCGAGGUCAUACUGGCAAGGGAGGACAAUUUGACCAAGCACAGAAGAUAAAAGACCACCAGCAUGGAACAAACGUCCCAGUUACACGCGCAGAAACAUUUCACAAAGGCAACGUGCAGUAUGUCAGUGCCUUUUCAGGAAUGGAAACUGAAAAUAGACAAUUUGAAAAAGAAAAAACCAUGCAAGAAAUUGUCAAACUCGUAGAAGAGACACAAUAUUACAAGGAUAGACAGAUCAUGUUUGAUGAUGAAAAAGAAAUAAACAAGCUUAAAAAGGAAAAGUUGAGGAUAGAGAUCGCCAUUCUUGAAAAAAGAUUGUUAGGUCGCAUCAAACAGAUCCAAUACUGAAUGUGGUAUAUCUAUUGGAUGAGGAGAAUGUGACAUUUGAUAUUCACAUUUAAGAUAUAUUGGUGGUGUAAAUUAUUAAGGUUUAGUAUCAAAUUAUCCUGUAUUAACCUGUAAUGCAUUAAUUUAUUUAAUAAUUUAUUAAUAAGAGUUGAUUUUCAGUAACACUACAUGGUUGAAAAGCGUACCAGAUUUAUUAAUAGAAACUCUUCAAAUGCAUUUUCGUUUCUGUAAUGUAUUUUCUGGGUGCUCUAGUCUAAAUUGGAAAUUUUUGAUUUUCCGAAACACAUAGAUUACCUUUGGCUAAUAAGACGCAUCCGUUCUAAUUACCAUGAUAGUUAAAAUUUUAAUGUGCAGAGCGGAAUAUGUGCAAUUCUUGUGUAACCGUCCAUCCCUGCUGUUAAAGAGUUUUUACGAGCAAAAUGAUUUCGGCAAAUCAGAUACCCCCGUUUUCGUAACAAUGAAAAUGAUUUGAAAACACGAAAAACAAAAUCAGAUGGAAUACUGAUCAUGUACACCAAUAGUUCAAUUAGUUUUAGGGAACUUAUCCAGACAAUUUAACCAAUCACUGGCUGCCAAGCUAGUCACAGUUUCAUACGGUAUCUUCCGCUUCCAAUGAUCUUGACAACUGUCAUAUUUGCUUUGGUUAAGUUGCUGUACUAUUCUCACUUACUGCACGGUCUAGUUUGUAAACAAAAUAUUGUUUGCAUAUAUUUUUAAUGUAAAAUGAUUGGA